AUGAAUUUAUUGGGUAUCAUAAGGGAGUAUUGGGCCCUGAUAAGUUUCAUCGGGAUACGCCAAGCAUGCACCUUCGAUUCAAAAUCGUCAAACAUAUAUAGAUACACGAUUAUUCGCCACUAUCAAACCCGCACCGGUUAUCUCUUUUGUUGUAAGUUUGAUACAGUUAAGCUACCAUUAAGAGCCUCAGCGAUUAGGGUAGAAUUUGUUUCCACCGGACGUGCAGUUGAUAAGCGAGGAUUUUCGCCACUGACUGGCUCCGCUCUGAUUCUAUCCACUCCACUAUCAAUAAGUUUUGCCAUUUUCAGAUCCCAUAGCGCAGGAGCAGAUGCAAACCUUAUCAUAGAAUUACCGUCGUCAUCCGACAUGCGUGCCUUCAAUUUGAUGAGUGCGCGUGAUGCAACGGGAAAUUCUAACGUGAAGUUUCUUCGUGCAACGAAACGCUUUUUCAAGAAGAUUUAUUCGACGGCCACGCUGCCGAAUAAGAAAUCACAGGAAGCCGAAUCACAGCUACAGAAGUCGCAACAGUUCUUUGACAUCGGUUUCCAUACACCUGCGCUCACGGAUGAGCGAGAUUUUUCACGAAUAGAAGAGUUUCACAACUACGGACAGACCUACAUCGAUACCUGUUAUCCGGACAGUGGGCUUGAUAUGGACAGGUCAUCCACACCGGAUCAGUCAAUGGGAUCAAUGACGGUUACAGUGACGUCAUCGGAAUCAGGUCGUGAAGAUCGUUGUGAUGAUCUGUUCGAAACGCUCCGAAGAGAAAUGCAUGCGAUGCGCGCACGCGACGCGGCUAUAUUGGCCGAUUUACAUCGUGUUGAAUCGCAAAUUCAGAGCGUUAAAUUGGCUCGCCUUGGUAUCUAUGGUGCAUCUCCGCAACCCGUACAAAGCCUUCCAAUCUGA